UUCAUGGAUAUUCCGUUACACGUCGCUUAAAAUGUUUAUUCUCUUGAAAAAAUGAAAAAAUGGUUGCAUCAAAGUUAUAAAGCCAUUGAAUCAGCUGCCAAGAAAAAUUUGCCUCUGUCGGUUUUGUACAGUCCUUCUCCACCACUUACCCCAUAUCGUAAAUGAUAUUAAGAGUACAGCUUCUUCGCAGAAUAAUAUUGAUAAAGGUGACCAACUUAGGUAAUUCUAGCGUUACCUAUGGUUCUCGACAUGGCGUGACAUUAGCGUGACCUACUAAACUAUGGCCACGUAUGUCGCUCACCCUCUGAUCAGUCCGCAGACGUUUAUUUUUCAAUUAAACCCCCUGCGUUUAAUACUUUUGCUUACGAUCUUGACGAACUCAAGACAAAAUAGAGGUUCUGUGGCCAGGCUACUCCCCUCCUAAAAAUGUGUCAAUAUCAUAUAGCCUUGUAGCUUUUUCAAAAACGUGACGUCGGAUUUUUUUUCUUCUUCUUAGAAAGCUUAUUCAGAGAUUGAACAUUUCGACCAUCAAGUGGGAUUAUCAUUACCCAAGUAUCGAGGAAACCCGCGGGGUAUUUUCUACUAACAGUAUGACAAUCAAAAACCAAGCCUUUCCUACGCUGAACAAAGGAAAAUUCAAGAACAUGACAAGAAACGAAAUGGCAAGCUAUGCUUUCAGAGACGAAUAUGUGUCCACUGCACCGUCUUUCGCUUCAGUGGAUUCGUAUAUGUCGUACUAUCUCUCCCCCGAGGGGGCAGAAUUUUUAUCGGACGCCUACGGGUUUAAAGGAGACUAUACCGAGCCCAUAAACCCUGCGCAAUAUAUAGAGUAUUUAAAACUGCCUAUUUCAAGCAAACAUCAGCGACCGUUAAAAGGCAUGUCUGAAGUUGUAGACGCACUGGUGUCUUCAGUACAACUUCAUGGAGGACUGUUGUAUAAGAAUAGCGAAGUGUCUUCCAUUGAAAAGAUUGAAACAAAGUACAUUAUAACAACCUUAAAGCUGGCUGUUUCUGCUAAAAAGAUCGUCAUCGCGACACAUCCUGUUGCUUUCAUGAAGAUCAAAGGAGAAGUAGCGGAAAAAAUUCAUCGUGAGCCCGCGUUCCAGUCAAUCUUUAGCAUGCCCGCGUUCAAGGGGGCAGCGUUAUACAAAGAAGCGUGGUGGAACAACAGCAUGGUCACGAACCUCACCCUGGAACCGAGGCAGAAAUUUAUUUCUAACAGCAACUGCCUAGGAGAUACAAUGCCUUAUGGGUAA